ACCUAUUUCAAAACAACGCUUCUCUGAUAGUGGUCUGAAGUUCAACAAGUCAAGAAUAAAUUCAGUCAAUAUUAUUUAGUAUACAAGAUAAUCGAAUUAUUCCUAUCGAGUUUGACAACUAUUCAACUGCAAUAUGGAUACAAUUUGCGUUGUUGUAAUAACUUUGUUGUCCGUUUUGUCAUUUACGUUGUUAUUAUGUUUAUGUUGUUGUUGUGGUAAACAAGGGAAAACAGUGACGGCAAACCAAGGCUACGUCAAUGGCGGUGCAGACGGGAUCGUUACCAUCGAUUGUUCUUCGAGUGACGGUGCGUCCGCCGGAUGCGACGGUGGUGGUGGCGAUGGUGGUUGUGGCGGUGGCGACGGUGGUGGCGGUGGCGACUGCUAAUUUCUGCGUUUCUCUGCUCCUUUCCAUGCAACGUGCGUGAUAGCAAAGACAACGCGACACACAAGAAAAAGCGCAAAGACAACAACUCAUCUCUUAUUUUAAAUUUUUUUAAAUUUAAAUUUAUUUUUAUAAUUUAAUCUACGUAUAUUUAUUUUUUAAAUUUUAAUAUUAUUGUUACAUUCCCCUUCCCAACUAAAGAACAAAUUAUUGUGUAUAAUCUACUAUCGGCAAAUUAACAAAAAAACAAUUCAAUCGCUUCCUGCUUGAGUCAUUUUGAAAUUUCAAAUGCAUUUUCUAUUUUGACAUAAUGUCGUGAUGGGCGUUGCGCAAUUCGUCCCCAAGUGGCCACAUUUGGCAUACUAUACCGAUCGGCGCGAAUCGACUGGACUGCAACUUGUUGAAUUGAAACAAUAAUCGAAUCUAAUUGUAUUCAUCUGUUAUAUGAAAUAAAAUUGUUGAUUAACAUUCGAAUAAUUACAACACAAUCACAAUAACGUAGCGUACGUAAUAAGUCAAGAAAACAAGUCAGUAUAGUCAGUAGUAAGUUUGACAGCGAAUAGACCUAUAUUAAACUUUGUCCUGUGGAUGCCGAACUUAUUUAUGUGUGCAUGGCGGCAUUUUUGAUCGCAUGUUCACGGUGUUGUGCAUGUUGUUGUGGAAAAAAGCCCCAGGUGAGCAAGUAAAAUCGUACUAUGUGCAAUUAUUUAACAAGGAAGACUUGUAAAUUGUAAUUAGUCUAGUAUUUCUCGGUAUUUUGAUCUGUCAUUCAUUAUUGUUAGUUUGUGACUUGUUACUACAGUAUGUUGAAAUCUUCAGCGACAGGAAAACAACGUACCUGAAACUACGCCAAUGGAGUUGCAAACGGGAUCGAUUCUGACGGUGGUCUAAAUUCCAAAUGUAUUGUGACACGAUGUGGCGCAAUGUGUUGCGACACAAUGUCCUAAUUGCCGUUGCGCAAUUCACCCCCAAGCGGCCACAUUGCAAACUACACCGAUCGGCGCGAGUCAAAACGUUGAAUUGAAACGAUUAUAAAAUUAAAUUGUAUUACUCUGCAUGAAAUAAAACUGUUGGUUAAUAUUUGAAAAAUUAAAACGUAUUCAACGCCAAAAAAUUCAAGUUAAUCGGUUGGCACAUUUUCGAGAUAUCAUCGUAAUUGCAGGAGGAGGUCGACUUGCCAACAAAAACUGGCUCUUCCCGUUGAUAUAAAAAGGAUCGAAAAUCUGAAGGAUCCCAUCGUUUAUCUUAACUGUGUUCUUUUAGAUAUAACGUAACUUGUCAUUAACCUGUGCAAACAAGAUGGAGGAAUCUCGUGAGAAAGUCAAAAUGGUUUGGCGAAAGAUUUGGCGAAGAUUUUGGUCCGACGAAGAUUAUUCGAUGGGAAUGAUCAAGAAAUGGCGAAAAGUGUUGAGGCGUGUCCCGGCAAAUUAUACGCCACCAGCCUCGUAUCCACUCCCUUCAACGGAUCCCCAGCUCAUCACUUACGAGGACUGCGAGGCCUUUUUCCAGGCUGUAACCGGAGGAUCCAGUCAAGAUGUGACUGACAUUCUGCAAACCCACGGGCCGGCAGUGACCACCGAAUUGUCGACAUCGUACAACGAACACGGGCAGACGCCGCUGCUGGUGGCCAUCCAGCUGGGAAAUUUGGAAAUGGUUCAAUUCUUGGUUGACAAACUGGACGUUCCCAUCGUGCAAAUCGGACGAUUCGUGUGCGGUGGCGUCGAAUACCUGGACGUCCCAGCCCUGUACGCGGCUAUCGUUUGCGGAGAGCUGGACAUUGCCGCCUACCUCCUUACCGCGGAAGUGAGAUCACAUCAAACCGACCGAAUGAUCGAUUCCAUCGUCUCCAGUCCCAACGGCCGACAAGAAAAGAUCAACAUUCUGGAACUGAUGGGCGCAGUCAAUUUUUACUUUUACGAAACGCAUCCAGCCCCGCAAAACGGCCUCAAGUACUGGAAAGCAGCCCUGCAUCUUCGUCACUCGACAGCGGCCGACGAGCCGGAUCUACCCAAAACUAUUCUUCCAUCAGAAGCUGGCCUGGCUUUCGGCUUGACGUCCGAGUUUACCACAUUGGAACAACUGGAGCAACUCUCCAGCAACACCUUCGAGCUCUUCACCCAGGGACUUUUGGUCAGCCAGCGAGUGCUGGACAUGGUGCAUCCUGAUGGUCCGCACAUCUUUAAUCUCACCUACUUGUGCCGAUGCGCUUCCGUCUAUUCCUUCGGCCAGCAAGAGCAGAGCGGCGAGGCCAGCAUCCGCGCGUUGAGGCUCUUUCUGCAGCAAUCGGAGCAAGGACUCGAGUGGAAGGGAUGGAAGACGAGUCGUAUAGUCAACUGGGCCUUGGACAUCAUGACGAAAAGUGUCGCCCAUCUACGACAGAAGAAGCCGGCCGGCCAGGAAGAAUUCCCGUUUGCCAGUCUGAUGGCCACCUUCGAUUUCGCUUGCAGUUACAUGUCUCAUCUGCAGGCAAAUCGCAGACUCGAGAACAUCUACCCCAACACUCUGGUCAGUCUGGCCGGUUUAAUCGUCGAACUGAUUUUCUGGGCCAGCGAGAUGACGCCAGAAUGGAGCCACCAGGAUCGCCAACAGUUUGAGCGCAGUCUGUCGCUCUUCAUCGCCAAGGAUCACCGGUGGGGAAACGCCAAUCAGAAUCUCCUGCACACCAUUUGCAAUCUGACGAGUCUCGGUCACAUGCUGGUCGCUGAAAUUCCUCACGACAUGGAUGACAAUGACGACAGCAGCAGCAGCAGCAGCGACUCCGGGAGCCAAGUGUCCGGCUCACUCACCGGCAGCUAUGGCCACAGUGAUGAUGGGCUAGACGACAACAGCGAAUUUGACUGGAGCAACUCCAAUGAUGGGAGCGACCUGGACAGCAGCAGCGACUGUGAUGCUGACGCUGGCGGCGACUUGAUUGACAGCCCUGAUAUUAGCCCUGCUCCUGCUGAUGGUGAUGAGAGCCAAAAUGUGCGUGACGACGACGUUUCUAAUUUGUCGGAGGAUGAAGUCAUUGAUCCAUACGACUACGACUACAGCACUGACGUGAGCGGAUGUCCGUCGUGUGCCCAUCACCGGGAUGCUCAGAUGUGGUCGGACGAACGAGACGACGCGGAAUUUGUGGAAGUGAUGAGUAACCAUGGCGACGAGGAAGAGCCGACUAUUACUCGGGCCGAGGAUUCGCAGCUGCUUCUGUCUGUGACCCGGUUGAUCCUUGGACUCGGAGCCGAUCCCAGCGCCACCAACCUGCACGGAGCGACUCCCCUCCACUUGCUGGCCAUGAAUCGUGACAGCGUUAUUGCCCAAUCUCGGAUGCUGCUGGAAUACGGGGCCCGCAUUGACCAGCAGUUGGACCAAAGCGACUGGACACCCUUGAUGCUCUUCCAGCAAUGGCAAAGUCAACUCGCCAGUCAGGGCCAUCCCGAUCCUGACCUUCAAUUUAUCAUCAACUACGUCCCGCCACCGUCUCUGAGGUGUUUGGCUUCUCAAGUCUUGCACAAAAGUGGAAUUCUAUUCGACGAGGACCAGGUUCCGCCCGCUCUACGCCACUUUCUUCAGUCAAUAAUUUAAUAAGACGCCGAUUGGAAUUAUUGUCAAGAAUUUCCAAGAUUAAAUUUCAGCUAAUUUCUUUCAGUUUUG